AUGGAAGACUUUGUGAAGGCGAAAAAAGCGUACGCGCAGUAUUUGGAUGAACUGGCAGAGUGAGAUCAUUUCGGCUCUUCACUGAAUGCAUUCUCUUUACAGAAAAGUAAUUCAUCCAAGAAUUGCAACCGAAGAGAAUGCGUUCAAAACAAUGCAAACGCAGUGCGAAGAAUACGCAAAGCUGAAGUUCACGUGCCAGAGACUUUUGGUUCGUUUUCAUGCGACCGCGUUGAAUAAUCUGAAUGAUUUCAGCAAGAUGCUCCACGUGUCAUGGAAGGAAAAACGGAUUUGGGUCAGAAAAUAUUCAUGAACAUAGAAGUGUGAGUUGGCCGGUCUGGUGUCAGGAAAAGUGCGUUUCUCUUGCAGACGAGACACGAAACACGUGGUUGUAAAGCUGAGCGACGAGGUGUUCGUGGAGUUGAAACUGCAGGAUGCGAUUAAAGUGUGCGAUCGGAAGGUAGACAUGCUCAAGAAUCUGAUGGAAAAGCAGCAGAACACUGUGAAUAAACUGAAGACGGAUCUGACCGUGCUGCUCGCGUCCAUUGAUGUGCCCUACACCGAACCCAAUAAACUCGCUUUCCCUCUCAAUGUAAUCGGAACCGCCUUGUGA